AGCUGGUAAGAAGCCUGACCUUUCAUGUGCUUUUUAACGGGGUGUGCUAUGAUGGGCAGUUGUUUCUCUGUCCUUUUAUCUCUACUAAAUUUUUUGUCCCUCUAUUCAGCCCCAGCCCCAGCUGACCUUUUCCCAUCUCACGAAUCACUGUAAUGACACUACCUCCAGCCCAUGCCCCCAGAUCUCCAAGUCACUGGCGGAGUAGGUGCCACCGGAGGGCUAAAGUAUGCUGUCGACCUGAGUUUCCGGGGCCACACCCUCGGAGAGGCUCCAAGAGGAUGCCAGCGUCGGGCAGCCCUUCUGACUCAGGACGUGCUCCUGCAGCAGGAAUAGAGGAGCUGACGAGUACAAGUGUGGAGCACCUCAUUGUCAAUCCCAACGCUGCCUAUGACAAGUUCAAAGACAAGAGAGUGGGAACAAAGGGACUUGAUUUCUCAGAUCGAAUUGGAAAAACCAAAAGAACGGGAUAUGAAUCUGGAGAAUAUGAGAUGCUUGGAGAGGGUCUGGGAGUGAAGGAGACACCCCAGCAAAAGUACCAGAGACUGCUGCAUGAGGUCCAAGAGCUGACAACUGAAGUUGAGAAAAUCAAGACGACAGUGAAGGAGUCAGCCACCGAGGAGAAGCUGACCCCCGUGGUGCUGGCUAAACAGCUGGCAGCCCUGAAGCAGCAGCUUGUUGCUUCCCAUCUGGAGAAGCUGCUGGGACCAGAUGCUGCAAUCAACCUUACUGACCCCGAUGGAGCUCUGGCUAAGCGCCUACUGCUGCAGCUGGAAGCAACAAAGAACAGCAAAGGGACUGGUUCAGGGGGAAAGACCACUAGUGGGACACCCCCAGAUAGCAGCCUUGUCACUUAUGAACUACAUUCUCGGCCUGAGCAAGACAAGUUCUCUCAAGCUGCCAAAGUGGCAGAACUCGAGAAGCGCCUUGCAGAGCUGGAAGCAGCUGUACGCUGUGAUCAGGAUGCUCAGAAUCCCCUUUCUGCAGGUCUGCAGGGAGCCUGCCUUAUGGAGACUGUAGAGCUGUUGCAGGCAAAGGUGAGCGCCCUGGACCUUGCAGUUCUGGACCAAGUGGAGGCUCGGCUACAGAGUGUCCUGGGAAAAGUGAAUGAGAUUGCCAAGCAUAAAGCUUCUGUAGAGGAUGCAGAUGCACAAAGCAAGGUGCACCAGCUGUAUGAAACCAUACAGCGCUGGAGCCCCCUCGCCUCCACCCUUCCUGAGCUGGUGCAGAGACUUGUCACCAUCAGGCAGCUGCAUGAACAAGCCAUGCAGUUUGGUCAGCUUCUGACACACUUGGAUACCACACAGCAGAUGAUUGCUUGUUCCCUCAAGGACAGCGCCACCCUCUUGACCCAGGUGCAGACAACGAUGCGUGAUAACCUGUCCACAGUUGAGCAGAACUUUGCCAACAUUGAUGAACGGAUGAAGAAACUGGGAAAGUGAGCACCUUUGGGAGAUGGAGAACAGGGGUAAUCCCUACCCCUCUGAACUCCGUUAACACCUUACACAGGGUUUUCCCUUAAUCAUAACUCUCACAUCCCAUCUGACACUGGGGGCAAGGGGUUCUUCUUGCAUGUGGGGCUUACACCCCUCCUCUGAAGAGUAGUGGAACCUGGGGGAUAUUAGAUGGUGGUCUCCCCUCAGGCCACGGGGAUGAGGACGUGGGCCCAGCCACAUGCCAGCUCCUGUCCAAUACUGCUUUGCCUGGUGUGGGGAAGGAUUGGAUCCUGUCCUCCAGCACAGCUUCUGUGACUGAUUGUAAUACUGUACAACUGUUUCUGACCAUUAAAUGCUGUUGUACUCUG